UCAUCAUAACAAGUGGCGCUUGGAUGCCUCAGGAACUGAGAGGACCAAAUGACGCUGCCAACCUUGGUUUCUUGUAUGGGCUAUCUGAAUGCACAACACGAGAGGCUGUCUUCGGCAACUGCCGAAGUGUCAUCAUGCAUGCAGAAACCAGACGAAAGUUGGAUCGAGCCAUUGUGUUCUCGAAGUCUGUUGACGAGUUGCCCGAGAAAGACAAGUGGCUCGUGGAGGCCUGCAAAGCACCCGGAGUGGAAGAGGCAGCAGCAAAGGUUGCUGGCUUUGGUGACUCUCAGAAGCGUGAAGGACCUCCACCAAAGAAAAAGAAAAAGAAGGGCCACUCUUGAAUAGUGUAAUAUUGUCACAUAAAGAAAAGUAAAAGCGGUUUUUAAGAUUUGUAUAAAGGGGUGGGUGUGAAUGCUCUCUACUCUUUCACUGUAAUUGAAUAAACAAAAAAUGUCGCAGG